AUGACUACCAAAGUCCUCUUCUUCGGCUCAGGUGCAGUGGGCGCAGUCUACGCGUACCUGCUCAUGAAAGCUGGCUGCGAGGUCACUGCCGUAUGUCGCUCGAAUUACGACGCCGUCAAGAAGGAUGGCUUCCACAUAGACUCCGAACGCUUGGGCAAGGGCAUUCACAUCAAGCCCCUCGUUGUGCGGACAUGCGACGAGGCCGACGGUCCCUUUGACUACGUGGUCGUUUCCUGCAAAGCUUUCCCAGAUGCCAACACUAGCCAGACAAUCGCGCCAGCUGUGACGAAGGGGCACACCACGAUAGCACUUUUCCAGAAUGGCAUCGGCAUCGAAGAGGAGUAUGCUGCAGCUUUCCCUAGCAAUCCUCUGCUGAGCGUUAGCGUGUACCUUCCGACCACGCAGACUUCGCCAGGUCAUAUCGAGAUGGGAAACGUGGAGAUGCUUGAGAUCGGCCCUCAUCCUGCACCUGGUGCAAGCGGCUACAACUCCACAGCAGAAGCAAGUGCUGAGCAACUGGUCAGACUCUUCAAGUCAGCUGGUGGAAACCCUCACUACUACGCCAACAUCCAAGAACGGCGCUGGUCGAAACUAUUGCUCAACGCUUCCUGGAACCCAAUCUCUGCCUUGAGCUUGACCAGAGAUCUUGCGUUCCUUGCAUCAUCUUCUUCAUCCCACGAUGUGAUUCACGGGAUUAUGAGCGAAGUGAAAGAGAUCGCUCAAGCUCUGGGCUACACUUCCGUUGACGAGGCCGCGGCUGAAAAGUCCUUCAACAUUGUCAAAGUCCGCGAAGGUACAAGCCACCCAGGCGUCGAGCCGAGCAUGCUCGUAGAUAUCCUCUACGGCCGAAGAAUGGAAGUCGAAGUCAUCCUCGGAAAUCCAGUCCGGAUCGCGAAGCGGCUGGGGUUUGCUGUGCCGAGACUAGAAAUGCUGUAUGCGCUAUCGAAAGCACUGGACGAGGCGACACAACACCGCAAGCCCGGCAAGUCAUUAGAGACGGAUGAUUUGAAGAAGCAAGGAGCGAGCACUACUUGA